AUUUCGAAUGGCGCCCUCAACGUGGGUAGCAUAGCAACGUUACGCCGAAAGUUGACGAAAGUUCGUCUGUAAAGUUUUGUUUUUCAACAUGGGAGAUUCACCCCGUGCAGGUUCAUUUAGGAAUAACGGAUCAGAUGGUUCAGGGUCUGGGAAGAAGGUCAUGACCCUUGAUCCAUUGGGUGAGGAAGAUGGGGACUCUGAUAGUGAAAGUGAAGAUGAGCUUGCAGCAGCCAAGGCGGCCACCCAAGCAGAGACCAACAAGUUUGAGAUGCUGUGUGACGGAGUUCUCAACUCUAUUGCUCUGGUUCAGGCGGCACUGGCCGAGUUCCUAAAUCUGAAGGAUGAGUUGCUCCUGCAUGCCUUGCCUCCAUCCCUGAUGGCUAGACUCACUAUGAUAGCUGGAAGACUCUUCAGAAGCACCACCGAUCUGUACACACCCACAUCCGAGUUGGUACGGCUGGUCCGCGUAUACUCUGGCUCCUGGGAGGAGAAGAGUCUAGCCCUGAAGAAGCUUCACUCAGACUAUGAGAGCAAACACAAACAGCUGAAUAUUGCCAUCAGGAGAUUACAGCUGGCCGAUGCACAGGCCAAACGUAUCGAACAUGAGAAGCGCAUCAUGAACUGGGAGAAACUAUUUGCCAAACUGACCAGCAGUCGUGGCCAUGGCCGACGCUGGCGUUUCCUCAUCGAUAACUUCAAGCAGAAAUCCAAACUUGGUAUGGAGCAUCUGCAUGCCUACAUCGAUGACCUGGAUCGAGAGGAGGACUCAGAAAAUGAAGAAGAAGAAGAGAAGAAAGAGGAUUCCGUCAGUCACACUUCAGCCAAUGAGUUUGAUAUCAGCUCGUCUGAUGAGCUAGAAUUUACGGAGGAAGAUUCUGAAGAAGAAGAUGAGGAUGCAAGUACAGCAAGAGCAACAGCACAGACAGGUCACACCCAGCAAGACAUCGAUAGUGAUAUGGUCACACCCGCAAGCAAGAAAGUGAAAUUCCGGAGGAGGUCUAAGCAGGGGAUGAGCGCUGAGGAUGCAGAGAAAGGAGCCAAGUCAGAGGUGGCCCCUCCAGCUACGAUAGUGGAGCCUCAAACAGUCUACGUAGAGGUACCGGCACCCAAACCACCCUCCGCUGAUAAGGUUGUUUGGACACAUGAGCCGGAGUACGACUACACUCUCAACGUAAGGCUGUAUAAACCUGUGGGUCUGGACCACAAGGAACUCAAAUGCAGCGUCAAUUUUAAGAAGAAGUUCCUGAAGACAGAUGUGUUUGAAGACAAGAACGGAGGCAAUGGAAAAUCCCCCUUGAAAUCAGCAUUGAAACCGAAGUCCAUGAUUGGUUCCAAGGGAUCAUCAGCUGCCAGCAGAAAAGAUUCCAGCAGCAACGGAGGCAACGGCGACAAGAAAAACCCGCCCCCGGACACAAACUUUCACGACGUCGCAGUUCCCAUUGGCGACCAGCCCAUACGGCACGAUGCCGAACCUGAAAAACAAGUCCAGGAACCAGACGAGAAGGCAACCGACAAGUCGGACACAGACAUAGUGACCCCGGCCACCUCCAGCCAAUCACGGCCAAUCUCAUCAGCAGAGGAGCCAAUGAGAAUCGCCGUACAUUCUGGGACUCUGGAAGAUAUGGUUGCCAUGGGGACGGUCGGUAUGGAGGACCUCCAUAGUAUGGAUAUUGAAAUCGUUGAGGAGGAGGAGAAGUUGAAGGAGUUACGGCCAUCUUCCUUCCCACUGUACCCCAUCAGUAUCAGCCACAAGGACAGAAACAGUGCACCCAUACCCUGCGGUAACAUCCCAAUGGCGUUCUACUACACCAGGGUCCACCGACCAUUUGUGCAUGACAAAGAAACAGAAUCUGAAACAGUGACAGACAUCGUGCUGGACCUUACCGGGGUGGACCUUAGCAAGAUGAAGAAAGAGGACCUGUCGAUCAACAAGAUCUAUGAGGAGAGAUGCCUGUCUGCUCUCUCCAUCCUCUCCAGUGUGUCCUCAGAAAAACCGGAGAUGGUCCCAAGGGCUGAAGUAGACGUCCUGGUGGAGCAGCAUAAUCAGGAGCUUUCUCUUAUCCAGGAGGAAUAUGAGCAGAGACUGAAUGAGCUAGCUAAGAAUCUGGAGCAGCUGCAAAACGAUCAGCUCAACUCUCUGCUAAAUCCACAGAAAUCUUCCGAUGGUCACCGCCGCAAUAUGACUUCUCCCCUCGCUGGUUGGGCAACAGACAGUAGGAUCACCAAAUCAGCUAAGGAGCUCAGACCAGUCAAAAGUAGAAGUAAACGUCCAGCCAAUCUGCCUGAUUGGGGUAGUGACUUACCCAAAGACUUUUUUGAGCGUCUGAAGUUAUUCUCAGAGGAGAGUGAGAUUCGGCGGAGGCAGCUGAUCGAGAGAACUAAGAGUGACAUGGAGGAUCGUAUCGUCAAACAGCUAGCCGGCCAAUACAAGAUCAACCUACGGACAGACAGCAACGCGGACGCUAAUAAAGAGGUGUGUCUUCCAGCGAUCUUCAUGCCCACCAAGACGGGUCAGCUGUACAACCCUAGAGCUCAUUCCUACUUCCAUCCCACAGGAUCUUUAGGACAGUUGCGGCUCACCCAACCACCAUCCAUGUUCCAGUUGCCACCAUUACCAAACAAAAAUAGGGUCUCGGUGAUCAACCUGUUUGACAUCCGGAAGAACUUUGAGCAGCGAAUGGUGGGCGGAGCGGGAGGGGGCGGAGACUGGAUCCAGAGCGCCCGCAGCAGUCCAACCAAUAACCUGUCACAGCCUAACACCCCUCUACCGUCCAACAUGGGAGAGGCCAGCCCGGAGGCAGUUAGACCCGUCACUGAGUGAAUACAGGAAUGCGUUGUUGGGGUUAUGUCAAUGGAUGUCCCCAGACAAAUGUUUAGGAGGUGGGGGUAACCAGAAA